UCCGAGUAUUUGACGAGGUGCUUUUCUGAACUUUACGGUAAGGGCGACACUCGCUCCGCCCUUCCCUUCCUCUUGGCGGCUGCAAUCGGAGCUGGGUUAGUGUGGCGCGGUGCGCCGCCAACUCCCUCCUCGCUCACAAUGCUUCGGGCAGCGAAAAAGCAGCUUUAAAAUGUCAGGACUGGAUCCAAUUUGCCAGCGAGCGAGCGGGAUGCUGCUGCUGGUGAGCGAGGCGGCGGCGGUGUUUCCUCGGGGCUGAGCCUGCCUGCCUGGGCGCACAAUGAAACUCUACUGCAAAGUGGUGGCCCUCGCGCUCUGCCUGGGGCUCCUGCUCGUGCUCUACCUCUUCGUGGGCAACGCCGACGAGCCGCCUUUGCAAGUUGCCCGGGGAAGCCACUUGGCGCACGUUCCCUCCGGGCCUGGGGCGGACGUCGGCCCCCCGCCCCAGGCACAUUUCCGACCCGUGCAGGCUGCGGAGCCAGAGGGGAAAGAGGCAGCUCAGGUUUCCAAGAGGGAGCCACGUCUCCACAAAAAGCCAGGCAAGCGGAGCGAGGCGGCGAGAGGGAAGUUUGCAAACGCGAGGAGGCCAACGGACCAGAAACAUUUUAUAGCUCAGCGGUCCUCUCCACAGUGGAUGCAUCUGGCGGUUGUAGCAUGUGGCGACCGGCUGGAAGAAACACUCAUCAUGCUGAAAUCAGCAAUUCUCUUUAGCAACAGGAAGCUCAAGUUUCACAUCUUUGCUGAGGAUUCCCUAAAGCCUGAAUUUGAGAGGAAAUUGCUGGAAUGGCCUCCCUCUUACACAAAGAAGUUUGAAUAUAAUGUCUACCCCAUCACCUUUUCAGUUGGAAAUGCUCAGGAAUGGAAAAAGUUAUUCAAGCCAUGCGCUGCUCAGCGUCUCUUUCUUCCGAUGAUUUUGAAAGACGUGGACUCCCUUCUAUAUGUGGACACGGAUGUCCUAUUCUUGCGACCCAUUGAUGACAUCUGGAGCUUUCUGAGAGUGUUCAAUUCUACACAACUGGCUGCAAUGGCACCUGAACAUGAGAUACCAAAGAUUGGCUGGUACAGUCGGUUUGCUCGACAUCCAUAUUAUGGAACAGCGGGAGUCAAUUCUGGUGUCAUGCUGAUGAAUUUAACCCGGAUAAGAAAUACUCUGUUCAAGAACAGCAUGAUACCAACAGGCUUGACAUGGGAGGAGAUGUUGUACCCUUUAUAUCAGAAGUACAAAAACUACAUUACAUGGGGAGACCAGGACUUGCUCAAUAUUAUUUUUUACUUUAAUCCAGAAUGUCUCUACCUGUUUCCUUGUCAAUGGAACUAUCGGCCAGAUCACUGCAUGUAUGGAAGUAACUGUAAAGGAGCAGAAGAAGAAGGCAUUUCCAUUCUCCAUGGGAACAGGGGCGUCUACCAUGAUGACAAACAACCUACUUUCAAAGCCCUCUAUGAAGUAAUACGUGAUGCUUCCUGUGCUCGCUCUCCUCCCUUCUCCUCCUACCGAAAUUGCACUCCCUGGUACCCGCCUGGCGUUGAAGGGGCUAGCGCCAACCCAAACAAGUGCACUUCCCAAAUUGGCCCAUGGAUGAAUAUAAGAUGUGAUGAAUUCUUUGCCAUUAAGGGUGAGUGGUUAGCGCUUUCUAUUUCUUUUCUAGUGUAACUAUGAAAUCAGACCAUACAGUACAAGUGAAGUGUGCUUUUUAAUUGAAAGAAGCCUGAAAACUAGUUGCUCUACAUUAGUUUUUCUACUGUAGCAGUAGUCGCUGCUACAUGCCUCCAGUUGUCAUUUUUUGUCUUUCCAAAACAAACAAAUCUCUGCAAGGAGUGGUUGUCCUCAAAAGUGUAUUGUGCUUACCACUCUGAGUGUAUAGCCUCCCAGUAAAUUUGGACUCAGGCACCCUAAUCUAGCAGUCCAUACACACAGUCUCCUGGUGUUCUGCUACUUAAAACAGUUACUUGUUCUGAGAAAUUGAGCAAACCAAUCUUCUGGGCCUCAAAUAUACAGACAUUAUUGUUUAAAGUAUUACCAGUAUUGGUAAACUUCGCAGGGUUGUGCUUUAUUUUUUUGCAUAGUGCAGCCAUUGUUACUAGCAGGUGAAAACUUCAGUGGCUCAUGGGAGAGCAUUUCCAUGAGCAAAAGUACUGCCAGUGGUAAGGGACAAACAGUGGUGAUAUAACGUUGCAGAACAGUGUUAAUAAGUACCAGUGUUGUUCACUGAAUAGUAUCAUCUCCAGUAAUUUCAAAGUAUUUAUUAUCUCUUCUGGGAGAAAAAAAUAAUGUUUACAUAACCAGUGAGAAGAGAGCCACUGUUGGUGAUACUUCCUUACUCUGGGGUGGGUGGCAUUGUGCAUAAAGGACCAAGCAGACAUUUGAUUAUUAUGUCUCAUUCUAAAAUACAUUAGCUAGUUGUUAAAGUGGCAUCAGACUCUUUGAGCAUAGGACUCUGAGCAGAGAAGUGCCCUUAAGGCUUUUAAUUUCAAUGGGUGUAAGCCUGCUUACAUAUGAAUUGUGCACUUUGUUAUCUGCUGCAACAUACUAGUAUGACUAUAGUUAAAACUUGCCCCAAGUAGUUGUUCAGAAUGGAGGUGAGAAUUCAGUGCAAUAGUCAUUUCUGAGUGAAAAUACAAAAUGCUGUAUUUGACAGAAAUGUGACCUUGUCAUUCUGCUUAUGGAAUUUGAGGAAGAGAAUAUUUUCAAUACUUUGAGAAUAUCCUAUUAUAUAUUUAGUAAGGAAGAAGCUUCAAGUUUAUUUUCUUAAGUAGAAGAAGGGUAAGUAUAGACAAAUUCAUAACAGUAAUUUUUUAAAGGUGCAUUCAUUUUGUGUAGGAUGGCAAAAUUCUAUUCUGGAAGCACUUAGUUGCUAUUAAUAUUUGUGUGGUAGGAAGAUCUGAAGCAGGCGUACAUAUGUCACUACCAUACCCUAUAAUGGGAAUUGCUGCAUCUUUGGACCGUCUUCCACCUCAGAGCAGUAAAAUUCUUUUGGGGAAUGUAGUCUGGUAACAGCACUUCCAUUAUUAGAGAAGAGCAAGGACUUACCUGCUAAAAUGUAAAUUCAAAGGACCUAACAGAUCAAGCAGAAGUUCACCUCAGUUGAGUUGAUUUAGUGACAUCUUAAAAUGGGCAAUGACACUUUUUCAGUGGGCAAAUAUAGGAUUACAGAAGUGAGCCUGAAAUAGGUAUAGGGUGUGUUGGCCAUUAAAUCUAACAAAGCAAUAGUAAAUCAGUAAAGUCAGUCUUUUAAGAGCAGUAAACUGUUAUAAUGGGUUUUUUUAAAAAACCCACACUGGUCGAAUUUGUUUGUGCCACAGUGUGUGAAUGAGUGUGGCUUGCACAGAUGGCACUAAGAAAGCAGUGGUUAAAAUCAGGUCAGUGAUCCUCAAAGAGUUAAGGGCGAGACAGAAAGGAGUCUCACCUCACCACAUCCCUCUUUGUGGUUUGAUAUGAUUUUUUCAGGCCACAAAGCCUAAACUACUUCCCUAUUUGCACACGUUUUUGAACUGAAAUCUCACAUAACCUGUCGACAGAGUUUAAGAGUUCAGAUUAUUUAGACCAGGGGUUCCCAAUAGAGGGUAUUUGAAGGGCUCCCAGGGGAUACUCUGAGCCCUCCGGCCUCCCCACACUGUCAUGUUUAAAUUUUGUAUGGGCACAUGUGCAUCUACACCCUAAAACUCUCUAUGGGGUACCUGAGCUGAAGGAGUGUGACAGAAGGGGUACACUUGUUUUUAAAAAGGUUGGGAACCCCUGAUCUAGACUUAACAGUGGAAAGUUGGUAUUGAUCCCCAAACUAGUGACUUCUCUCUUUCUUUUUCUUUUCUUUCUUUUUUUUUUUUUUUUUUUUUUUUGAGGCACCAGCAAGUGCAAUAAAUCUGUGGGAAAGGGAAGUUUAAAAGAUUAUAAGGUUGGAAGAGACCAAAUGUUAAUCCAAUGCAGUGGCCCCAAAAGCAGGAUCACCUAAUCUCUGUAAUACAUUAAAGCAUGAUCUGUGGAUUUCUGAAGAGCCCAUUUUCAGAUGGAGAAAAAGUAGGCCCAGAUUAGCUGCUUGCCCGUUGAAUCUGAUUCUAUGUGCUGGACUCAAGCCAUGCCAUAAGAUGUGCGAAAGUCUUAUAUAAGGUGUAUGAAAUGAAAUGUCACAAGGUGAUUGUGCAGGUCUCUCUGAUUUAACUGAUAUAAAGUGUGGUUCUAGAACAAAUUCAGAAUCUGUGCAUCUUCAUUCUGAAGUAGAUGUGUCCAUUAUCCUUUUGAUGUUAGGUUUUUAAAUGUCUUAAAUAUUGCUGUAUGACACGCCAGAACAUAUUCAUGUCUCAAAAGAAACUCUGAAGUGAGACAUGGUGUAUUCUCAAAGUUGAAGCUUGCCAUGUUCAAGGUGACAUGGUUUACUAAGAGAGAACUAUAAAACUUGUAACUGUUCCAUGCAUGGACCCAAUACUUAGGCCAGUGCUAACAUGAUCAACUUAGCUCAGAUUCUGGAGAUGAGGACUGGUGUGAAAACUAAACAUCCCAACCCCCUCCCCCCAGCACUUUGUCUGAAGUUAAGCCAUUGAUGCAGGCAUUUUCCUUUCCCCCCCAGUCAAACCUUUAACCCAUUUAUUUGUAAGGCUUCAUCUUCAGAUCUGAGUUCCCGAUAAACCAUUAUGCUGAAGUAGUAAGUGUGGGUUCUUCAUAAUGAAGGAAGCAAAGGACUGGAGCUUGUAGAAUAAAGCAUUAUAUCUCAUAGUGCUUGAUAUGUUUACAGAAGUUGCCAUUUUUUAUUAUGUCUUGAUUUUUUUGUUUCGUUUUUACAAGAAAUGUACGUUCCAAUAUCUGUAUUUGAUAUAUGAAGGAUUUGAUUUAACAUGGAAAUCUGUCUCUGGACAAUAUUAUGCAAGAAAAAUAUUUUAAAGCUCUUAAGGAUUUUAAAGAAUUUUCCUUUUUAAAAUGCUGUGUUAAUGUAGAAUAAUUUAUAUUUUACUGCAACUUUCAUAAUUAGAUUACAUGUCAUUUUUAGCAGCCAUUUGUUUUUCAACAAAUAUUAUAAAUAUAUAUGUCAUACUCAUUUUUGAUUUCUUUAAACAUAGCCAUUACUUAUCUUAAAAUACUGGACAUAUAUUCAUCUCUCUAUUCUCAUGCAUAUGUAGUGUUCUCAUAUUCUGAACCAGAAUACAGUCACUGGAAGUGUGUUUGCCACCUAUUGACCUUGACUGUGAUUUUGUUGGAGGAGACACCAUCAGAAAAGCUGCCAAUAAGUAUAAAACAAGAUAACAAUAUUGACACACUUAGGGCCAGUGUAUCUCUCUCUCUCUCUCUCUCUCUCUAGUCAAAUAUUGCAGGGAAACUUCACUUCUAAUCUGAUAGCUUCACUACCUGCUCAAUUAGUGAUUUGCAGUGUGAUGAACUGACUUCAGUGUGCAUUGAAUGGCAGUCUGAAAGAGUGAGUGGUGAAGCAGAUGCUUGCUUGAGGGACUAUAGCUCAAUCAGAGCACAUACUUCAUGUGCAGACGGCCCCAGGAUGAAUUAUUGGCAUCUCUGGGUAAAACGUCUUGGGUAGCAUGGCUAGGAAGUACCUGCCUGAAACCUUGGAGAGUACUGCCAGGAGUAAUAGACUGAAGUUGGCUCUUCGUGGAUGUCGGCUUGCCAAGCAAUCAGUUUUGUAUUUAAAAUCCAGCAAGUUCAUAAGGAUUCUAUCUUGAUAUAUUAAAGAAAUGUAAUCUGAGGGGAAAUGUCAUCCAAAUCAAGGUAGCUAUUCACAUCUUUAAUGAUCUGGCUCAGUGGGUCAGCUUUAUGUAUUCCUAAUCGCCACAUCUAGCUGCAAAAGGAAGAACUCAGCUUGCAUUGCCAUGUGGCACAAGUAAUUUAUAGCCAGACUUUUGAAACCAUUAAGGCUUCUAAAGCCCCAACCUUUAACAUACUUGCAUAUGCCAGUUUAAUUUAAGUCAGUCGGAGUCUUGUUCUUGUUGCAGCAUGAUCCAAAACAGAAUUAGGAAUGCCCAAGUUAAUUGAUUUCAAUUUUAGAUGUGUCUAACUGAAUAGGUUCACACUGCAAAUGUACUUAAGAUUUCUGUAGUUCUCUAGCUUUUAUUUCAGAAGGUGGGAUGAUUCAAGUUUUAGAACUCUAUUAUGAGCAAAGGAAAAUUUUAAACAUAUACUCAGGAUUAAGGAUGUGAAUAGCUACCUUGACAGCUAGAGGGAGACUAGAGGUGUGAGCACUGUAAAAUAUUCCCCUCAGGGGAUGGAGCUGCUCUGGGAAGAGCAGAAGGUUUCAAGUUCCCUCCCUGGCUUCUCCAGGAUAGGACUGAGAGAGAUUCCUGCCUGCAACCUUGGAGAAGCUGCUGCCAGUCUGUGAAGACAAUACUGAGCCAGAUAGACCAAUGGUCUGACUCAGAAUAUGGCAGCAUCCUAUGUUCCUAUGAUUUGGAUAGCCACCCCCCACCCACCCAGUUACAUUACUUUAGUAUUUCAAUCUGGAAUCUUUAUGACCUUACUGGAUUUUAAAAUCCCCAAAGGAUAGUUUAUGCAGGUUUGCCAAGCGAAACACUCAUUAUCUUCCCAUUUUCCUUGGUAUAUAUCACAUCUAAAGAAUUCUGCUUCAUUUCUAGAUCCUCAACACUUUCCAUAAAAGUAGGUCCGAUAGGUCAAUAUGAACUGUUGAGUUGUGUUAAGAGUAUACACUUUAGUUCUUAAAAAUACAACCUGGAAGUAAAUUCCAUAGAAGUCCAUUUCCACCAAGAUAUUGGUUAAGGAGAAUUGAGAUAUUCAAAGCAUUGAUUAUCUUGUUUCCUGCUACAUUUAGUCUACUGGAUCUGAUCCUGUGUAGCUAUAAGAUUACAUGUGGCAAAUUGAUACAGAUUUCUACACAAGUGGAAGAUGGAAAUGUGCUUGUGUUGGUAUGUCUGUUUUUAAAAAUUACAAUUAGUGUCAUGUCACUUAAGUGUCUUGUAUAUUCUUAUUUAACAAGUGCACCAAAUGUUUAUAGCUCCUAAGGAGAUAAUCUCAGUGCAUUUCAAAGUCAUUUACAAUUUUAGAUUUACUGUGUUAAUAAAAGAACUUUGAGCAAACCUUA